UUUGCGCUGCGUCUCUUUGGAGUGGUUUUGAUGCUUGGACCAAGUAAGAAAACCCAGAUCUCCGGUUCCAGCUGGAACAGUGCUAGUGACAUUGUGCCGCUCCUGGGUCGAGACGCAAAACAAACUCUCGGCAGGUUCUCAGCAAACUGAUCCGAAACACGCUGUCGCCGUUGUAAAAGUCCCUUGACAAUGGCUACAAUGAUGGGCAGUCUUCUGCAGGUUCUAUUGGUCUAUGUGACCAUGCUGGACCUAGAUGUGUGGGCCAUCAGUAGAAACCAUGGUAACCGGGGUGAGACACACACCUGGCAGCGUGUGGUGUUGCCUCUGGUGGUGGAGCGGAGGACGGUGCCCCUCAGCCAGCCUGUUUUCCAUGCCACCCUGGCACAGAACCACCCGGGCAUCGUCUGUGGGAUCCAGUGCCAGCAGAGCCUCCCCAUGCCCGACCGCGCCCAACUGGAGCGACUGCUGGCGUACGAGACCGUCUAUGCCAACGGCACGCGGACGCUCACCAAGGUCCGUCUGCAAGGCGCUAACGAUGAGGCCACCCCCUCCAACGCCACGGCACCACGGAGAGCCCUCGCCGGACAGGUUCCGCCGCGACGAAACAGGAGGCAGGUGUUUGGCACGGAUGGGCGCUUCGUUAUCUCAGACCGUCGCUUCACUACCAGCUUCCCCUUCUCGGCAUCAGUCAAGCUGUCCAGCGGCUGCUCUGGCAUCCUGGUGGCACCCAGGCACGUGCUGACCGCCGCCCACUGCGUCCACGACGGCCAAGACUACCUGAAGGAAAGCCGGGGCCUGCGGGUGGGUGCGAUGAGGUCACAGUCCCCACGCAGCCGUAAGGGAGGGCGGAAGAGAGGAGGAAGAGGAGGAGGAGAAGGAGGAGGAGGAUAUGUAGACUCACUCACUCAUGACAGGAGUGAGGGAGCAGAGGGGGUUAAGGAAAGAAGAGAGCGGAAGAAAGGAAGAGGGAAGCGGAGGAGAGAAAAGGCUCGUGUUCGUCGUGGGGCUGCAGUGACAGCAACGGACCCUGACAGAAUGUCAUUCCGCUGGACACGCGUGAAGCAGAUCCACACUCCACGCGGCUGGAUGAAGGACAUCGCCCGCGAGCUGGCGGCUGACUACGACUACGCCCUCCUGGAGCUCAGGCGCCCUCUGGCUGCGACGCCCAUGGACCUGGGCCUGGUACCCGUCAUAAAGGAGACCGUCCCCGCCAGCCGUGUCCACUUCACAGGCUUCGACCAUGACCAGCCGGGCAAGGCCGUCUACCGCUUCUGCUCAGUGACGCAGGAGUCCAGCGACUUGCUCUACCAGUACUGCGACGCCCGAGCGGGCUCCAGCGGGGCAGGGGUGUACGUACGACUGCGCGUCCCCAGCAAACAAGGUCCGAAUGGGGGCAAGGAGAAGGAGAAGUGGACUCGGAAGGUGAUAGGUGUGUUCUCAGGGCACCAGUGGGUAGACGAGAAUGGAACACAGAGGGACUACAACGUGGCGGUCCGCCUCACGCCGGCCAAGCUCGCUCAGAUUUGUCACUGGAUACAUAGCGACCCCAAACGCUGCCAGCAGCCCUGAGAGAGGGGGAAAGGGUUAAGAAGUUCAGAAGUCAAAGGUCAUGGAGGAGGCUCAUGUAGAAGGCCUAGGGAGACUGAGAUUGUGGUUUGGACUGAAAAGACAAGAGAAGAUGAAGAACAAAAACCUCAGGUCUAAGAAGAGAAGGUAGAUUGAAGGGUAGAUAUUGAUUGGGGUUGAAUGAACAUUGGACAUUGUGUAUGAAUGUAAGGGGGGCGGACUAAAAUCUCAUUGAAGUUGAAAGUUGGAUUGGAAUAUUUUAUUAGAGGGAAUCCUCAACUGAAUGCUCAGGAUCUGUUUCAAAUGGUGCCCUUAGGAGACUCACAUAAUGUUGUCUUUUAUGUUUGAUAUGCUUCUUCUUAUUUUCCUAGUUUUCCUUCCAAGAACAUGCUGUACAUUAGGCCUUUAUGCCCCUUCAGUAGCACACCAUUAACUUGAGCUAAUUUACUUUAGCCAUCCCUACUCCGAGAAUGAGAAUAGCUAUGUUGCCAGCGUGUCUAUAUCGUACUUUCUGAAUUUCCACUGUGUGUAUUUCUUUGGUUAAAUAAAAAAUAAAAUAAAGGUGUCUUAAAAACU